AUGGAACAGGCACACUGCCUGCCUUUGAAGGAGUUCAUUAAUCAGACAUUCAGGGACUCUGAGUGCAGAUUUAACACCAGAAGGAUCAUCAGCAGUAACCAUCUGGACCAGUUGAGGAAUGGACCUGGAUCUGGUGAUGAGGCUAUGAAAUCUGGAUCUGAGGUGAGGGACUGUGUAUCACCAGAUUCCUCUUACUUCAUUGUGAAGAUCACCUGCUCAGAACAUGGAGAGUGGAGACCAGUGAGAUACUCUGACUGGACUCUGAAGGAAGCAGCUAUAAUAUGUAGAUAUUUGGACUGUGGCUCUGCUGUUUCAACCAGAAGCAGAAAUGAAACCUCAGGCAGAUCUGUAUGGAAGAUCAAACCUUACUGUGUUGAGUCUGGAUCUGCACUGAUGGACUGUGUAUCAUCACAUUCCUCUUCCUACAUCGUGGAGCUCACCUGCUCAGACUCUGUCAGGCUGGUGAAUGGGACUAGUCUGUGUUCUGGCAGACUGGAGGUGAAGUCUGAGCAGUCGUGGUCCUCAGUGUGUGAAGCUGACUUUGACCAGCAGGAUGCAGAUGUGGUCUGUAGGGAGCUUGGCUGUGGGGCUCCUUCAGUCCUCCAGGGGGCGCUCUAUGGAGAAGUGGAGGCUCCAAUGUGGACCAAAGAGUUCCAGUGUGGAGGCAAUGAGUCUGCUCUCCUGGACUGUAGAAGAUCAGACUCAGCUAGAAGAACCUGCUCACCUGGUAAAGCUGUUGGACUCACCUGCUCAGAGCCUGUCAGGUUGGUGGGAGGAUUCCGUCGCUGUCUAGGUACACUGGAGGUAAAACAGGGAGAGUGGAGACCAGUGAGUUACUCUGUCUGGUCCCUGAAGGAAGCAGAUGUAAUAUGUAGAUAUUUGGACUGUGGCUCUGCUGUAUCAACAAGAACCAGAUAUAAAGACUCACGUAUAUCUGUAUGGGAGAUCAGAUCUGACUGUCUUCAUUCUGGAUCUGCACUGAGGGAAUGUGUAUCACCAGAUUCCUCUUCCUACAUCCAGGAGAUCACCUGCUCAGACUCUGUCAGGCUGGUGAAUGGGACUAGUCUGUGUUCAGGCAGACUGGAGGUGAAGUCUGAGCAGUCGUGGUCCUCAGUGUGUGAAGCUGACUUUGACCAGCAGGAUGCAGAGGUGGUCUGUAGGGAGCUUAGCUGUGGGGCUCCUUCAGUCCUCCAGGGGGCGCUCUAUGGAGAAGUGGAGGCUCCAAUGUGGGCCAAAGAGUUCCAGUGUGGAGGCCAUGAGUCUGCUCUCCUGGACUGUAGAAGAUCAGACUCAGCUAGAAGAACCUGCUCACCUGGUGAAGCUGUUGGACUCACCUGCUCAGAGCCUGUCAGGUUGGUGGGAGGAGCCAGUCGCUGUGCAGGUACACUGGAGGUGAAACACGGAGAGUGGAGACAAGUUAGGAGUAACUCUGACUGGACCCUGAAGGAAGCAGAUGUAAUGUGUAGAUAUUUGGACUGUGGCUCUGCUCUUUCAACCAGAAGCAGAGAAGAAUACUCAUACAGAUCCGUAUGGGAGAUCAGAUCUCACUGUCUUCAUUCUGGAUCUGAGCUGAAGGAAUGUGUAUCAUCAGAUUCCUCCUCCUACAUCCUGGAGGUCACCUGCUCAGACUCUGUCAGGCUGGUGAAUGGGACUAGACUGUGUUCAGGCAGACUGGAGGUGAAGUCUGAGCAGUCGUGGUCCUCAGUGUGUGAAGCUGACUUUGACCAGCAGGAUGCAGAGGUGGUCUGUAGGGAGCUUGGCUGUGGGGCUCCUUCAGUCCUCCAGGGGGCGCUCUAUGGAGAAGUGGAGGCUCCAAUGUGGACCAAAGAGUUCCAGUGUGGAGGCAAUGAGUCUGCUCUCCUGGACUGUAGAAAAUCAGACUCAGCUAGAAGAACCUGCUCACCUGGUAAAGCUGUUGGACUCACCUGCUCAGAGCCUUUCAGGUUGGUGGGAGGAGCCAGUCGCUGUGCAGGUACAAUGGAGGUGAAUCAGGGAGAGUGGAGACAAGUGAAUCCCUAUCACUGGACCCUGAAGGAAGCCGAUGUAAUAUGUAGAUAUUUGGACUGUGGCUCUGCUGUAUCAACCAGAAGCAGAAAUGAAGUCUCAGACAGAUCUGUAUGGAGGAUCAGUUCUGAUCGUCUUCAUUCUGGAUCUGCACUGAGGGAUUGUCUAUUAUCAUAUUCCUCUUCCUCCAUCGUGGAGCUCACCUGCUCAGACUCUGUCAGGCUGGUGAAUGGGACUAGACUGUGUUCAGGCAGACUGGAGGUGAAGUCUGAGCAGUCGUGGUCCUCAGUGUGUGAAGCUGACUUUGACCAGCAGGAUGCAGAGGUGGUGUGUAGGGAGCUGGACUGUGGGGCUCCUUCAGUCCUCCAGGGGGCGCUCUAUGGAGAAGUGGAGGCUCCAAUGUGGACCAAAGAGUUCCAGUGUGGAGGCAAUGAGUCUGCUCUCCUGGACUGUAGAAGAUCAGACUCAGCUAGAAGAACCUGCUCACCUGGUAAAGCUGUUGGACUCACCUGCUCAGAUCCUGUCAGGUUGGUGGGAGGAGCCAGUCGCUGUGCAGGUACACUCGAACUGAAAUAUGGAGAGUGGAGACCAGUCAGUGGCAAAUUCUCUGACUGGACUCUGAAGGAAGCAGCUAUAAUAUGUAGAUAUUUGGACUGUGGCUCUGCUGUAUCAACAGAAAGCAGACAUGAAGCAUUAAACAGACGUGUAUGGUGGAUCAGAUCUAACUGUCUUCAGUCUGGAUCUGCACUGAUGGACUGUGUAUCCUCACAGGUUUUUCACACCAUCGUGAAGGUCAUCUGCUCAGACUCUGUCAGGCUGGUGAAUGGGACUAGACUGUGUUCAGGCAGACUGGAGGUGAAGUCUGAGCAGUCGUGGUCCUCGGUGUGUGAAGCUGACUUUGACCAGCAGGAUGCAGAGGUGGUCUGUAGGGAGCUUGGCUGUGGGGCUCCUUCAGUCCUGCAGGGGGCGCUCUAUGGAGAAGUGGAGGCUCCAAUGUGGACCAAAGAGUUCCAGUGUGGAGGCAAUGAGUCUGCUCUCCUGGACUGUAGAAGAUCAGACUCAGCUAGAAGAACCUGCUCACCUGGUAAAGCUGUUGGACUCACCUGCUCAGAGACUGUCAGGUUGGUGGGAGGAGCCAGUCGCUGUGCAGGUACAAUGGAGGUGAAACAGGGAGAGUGGAGAUCAGUUAGUCAGUCUGGCUGGACCCUGAAGGAUGCAGAUGUAAUAUGUAGAUAUUUGGACUGUGGCUCUGCUGUUUCAACAAGAAGCAGAAAUGAAACCUCAUACAGAUCUGUAUGGAGGAUCAGAUCUGACUGUCUUCAUUCUGGAUCUGCACUGAGGGAAUGUGUAUCAUCAGAUUCUUCUUCCUACAUCGUGGAGCUCACCUGUUCAGACUCUGUCAGGCUGGUGAAUGGGACUAGUCUGUGUUCAGGCAGACUGGAGGUGAAGUCUGAGCAGUCGUGGUCCUCAGUGUGUGAAGCUGACUUUGACCACCAGGAUGCAGAGGUGGUCUGUAGGGAGCUUGGCUGUGAGGCUCCUUCAGUCCUCCAGGGGGCGCUCUAUGGAGAAGUGGAGGCUCCAAUGUGGACCAAAGAGUUCCAGUGUGGAGGCCGUGAGUCUGCUCUCCUGGACUGUAGAAGAUCAGACUCAGCUAGAAGAACCUGCUCACCUGGUAAAGCUGUUGGACUCACCUGCUCAGAGCCUGUCAGGUUGGUGGGAGGAGCCAGUCGCUGUGCAGGUACACUGAAGGUGAAACUGGGAGAGUGGAGACCAGUGAGUUUCUCUUUCUGGACCCUGAAGGACGCAGAUGUAAUAUGUAGAUAUUUGGACUGUGGCUCUGCUGUUUCAACAAGAAGCAGAUAUGAAGCCUCAGACAGAUCUGUAUGGUGGGCCAGACCUGACUGUCUUGCGUUUGGAUGUGUACUGUGGGACUGUGUAACAUCAGAUUCCUCUCCCUACAUCGUGGAGCUCACCUGCUCAGACUCUGUCAGGCUGGUGAAUGGGACUAGUCUGUGUUCAGGCAGACUGGAGGUGAAGUCUGAGCAGUCGUGGUCCUCAGUGUGUGAAGCUGACUUUGACCAGCAGGAUGCAGAGGUGGUCUGUAGGGAGCUUGGCUGUGGGGCUCCUUCAGUCCUCCAGGGGGCGCUCUAUGGAGAAGUGGAGGCUCCAAUGUGGACCAAAGAGUUCCAGUGUGGAGGCCAUGAAUCUGCUCUCCUGGACUGUAGAAGAUCAGACUCAGCUAGAAGAACCUGCUCACCUGGUAAAGCUGUUGGACUCACCUGCUCAGAUCUCAUUUUGGUGGGAGGAGCCAGUCGCUGUGCUGGUACACUGGAGCUGAAACACAGAGAGUGGAGACCAGUGAGUGACUCUGACUGGACCCUGAGUUACUCUGACUGGACCCUGAAGGAUGCAGAUGUAAUCUGUAGAUAUUUGGACUGUGGCUCUGCUGUUUCAACAACAAGCAGAAAAGAAUACUCAUACAGAUCUGUAUGGAGGAUCAGAUCUCACUGUCUUCAUUCUGGAUCUGACCUGAAAGAAUGUGUAUCAGCAGGUUACUCUUCCUACAUCCUGGAGAUCACCUGCUCAGCCUCUGUCAGGCUGGUGAAUGGGACUAGUCUGUGUUCAGGCAGACUGGAGGUGAAGUCUGAGCAGUCGUGGUCCUCAGUGUGUGAAGCUGACUUUGACCAGCAGGAUGCAGAGGUGGUCUGUAGGGAGCUUGGCUGUGGGGCUCCUUCAGUCCUCCAGGGGGCGCUCUAUGGAGAAGUGGAGGCUCCAAUGUGGACCAAAGAGUUCCAGUGUGGAGGCAAUGAGUCUGCUCUCCUGGACUGUAGAAGAUCAGACUCAGCUAGAAGAACCUGCUCACCUGGUAAAGCUGUUGGACUCACCUGCUCAGAGCCUGUCAGGUUGGUGGGAGGAGCCAGUCGCUGUGCAGGUACACUGGAGAUGAAACAGGGAGAGUGGAGACCAGUAGAUGACUCUUACUUGACCCGGAGUAACUCUGAGUGGACCCUGGAGGAAGCACCUGUAACAUGUAGAUAUUUGGACUGUGGCUCUGCUGUUUCAACAAGAAUCAGAAAUAAAGACUCAGACAGAUCUGCAUGGAGCAUCAGUUCUGGCUGUCUUCAUUCUGGAUCCUCACUGAGGGACUGUGUAACAUCAUCACAUCCAUCUUCCUACGUCGUGGAGCUCACCUGCUCAGGAGAGAGGAGCACUGGAAGAGGACAGGUCACCAACCAUAACGGAGAAGGUUCUAUUGGACAGUUCUCCAGUGUUCAGCCAGAGGAUGAGCACAGAUUCUCUGAAAUGCUGACUGGAGAUGCAUCAGCGGGGAUGAUGGAAGUAGAGGUUGGAGAGACUGCAGCAGAAUCAGAGGCUGAGGUCCCAAGUUCCCUGGAACAGGUGGUGUUGAUCCAGACACCAGAUGAAUAA